AUGACAGAACACAAGAUCACUGUGGCCGCCUUCGACCUUAUGUUUGAGGGAGAGAAGUCAUUUUACGACACCCCGGACCCCACUUCACUUCUAAACGGCGAAUACGAUGACUUCCUGGACGACGGGCUUGAGGUUGGGAAUGGCACACAAACAUACUACGACUUCAGCCAACCCGCUGAUUUUGACAUCUUCUGUGGGGAGAUCCAACCAACUGCGACUGUGCUGACGCCUGCUUCCUUGACCUCCUCCGUGCCUUCCUUCAACUCCCCACCUGGGUCAUAUGAGCUUCAAACCCCAGUGACUCUCAGUGCCACCAAAUACUGGGCACACAGAACCACCUCUUUCGCUUUGGGGUCAUCACCAACACAUCUUUCCUGUUGCCAUACUCCCUUCAUGGCACCACCACCUCCAGCAAUCAACCAUCUCCAAGUCACAACAUCUGCUCUGAUGGAGAUGGCCAUUCAAUUUGGUGUUUCUGACGAUAGCUACUUCCCUGUAGACAGUCGCGUGGCUCACGAUGCCACGACAUCAACCACAUAUCCUGAAGGGUCCUUCCCAUCUUCAGACUUCACUUUCUCUGUCGCACAACCACCUUACCCAUCCAAUCACUCAGGCCUUAUAUGGCCACCCACCAUGACAUCUACGAUGUCUCUCCAGUCUGGCGUCUCCAACAACAUUGACUUCUACGCAGGCAGUAAUGCGAUUCACGAUGCCACCACAUCAAGUGCAUAUCCCUCAGGGGCGUUCCCUACUUCCAAUUCCACGUUUUCCAUCAUGCAGCCUCCAUACCAGUCUAAUGACUCUGGUCUCGUAUGGCCACCUAGCAGCCACUUUAACCCUCAGAGUUAUUUUGACUACAAACCGCCAACAGAGUACAACUCCGGCCCUGCACUGGAAGCGCCAACCGGUGUAUUUCCUUCUUCAAGUUCACACCAUUCGGACAUCGGCGCCACAAAAGCCACCAAGAAAGCGCAGGAGGGUGCAAUCAGCAGUCGCACCUGGCACAAGCACUGCUUUACCCUUGCUGGCAUCGACGGCCUCAAUGUUAUCGCCUACGCCUUCCAUGUCUUCCACCUCCUCGUCCAAGACGAAGAUGGAUGCUACCGGUGCCUACUGUGCACUGCUGAACCAGUGUUCACAGACACAGAGAAAGACAUUGUUCGCCAUCUUGGGCACACCGAGGUGCACCACCCCGAGAAGGUGUGCUGCUUGGACACAAUCUACCGGUGCCCUUGUGGCAAGGGAAUAUUGGGAAAACGGAAGGACACACAGAAGCGCCAUGUGCGCACGUACAUCACCAGGGAGCAGAACCGGGCGAUCUUGUCAGGGAACAUGGAACAGCUCGAUAAGGUGAAUGCAUACGAGGCGUGGUUGAAGAGUGAGAAGUUGCUUUAA